AUGAACCCUGACGACAGAAAACGCAGGUUCAAUGAAGCCAUCGUUAAUAUGCUAUAUCCCUCUUCUCCUCGACGCGAACGGGAGUUGGAACCUGUGGAACCUUUGAUCGACGAGUCUGCCUCUGACGUCAUUUCAGGGACUUUGGAUGAUGAUUUCGACAAUUCCUCUACCAGCGUCGACGAAGAACGUGAUUCAGAGACAGAGAAGCUUAGCAGGGCUCAGCGAAAGAAAAUUCGGAAGAGGAAGCUGAAGGAAGAAGCCAUUCAUCGCGGAAAACUUAUUGGAUCGCUGUUGCCUCUGAAUACCACCCAAGUUGCAUGUGAUGCUCCACCUGUUCGAUCAAAUGCUUCUGAGGAAGCAACACGCCUUGGUUUAAGUGAUGGAACGGCUUGUGCUAAAUCAAUGAAAGUGAAGCACCGAAGGAUGGCAAAAAGACUCGCCAAACAAAAGGGAAAUGCCUCUAGCUCUACUUCGGACAACACAAAUCAAAGUUCCCGGGAGGACAUCAAAGAAGCCCGUUUAUAA